AAUCAAGCACCGAUGCGGACCGAUUUUCGAUUUUCCGUUUGCCGUACAGCACAGUCGGCGAGGUCGUCAGCAGCGACGACGGGAUGCAUGACGCCGUUGCCACCUACGGCUUCAUCCUCGCGAGCGCACAGCGCGCAUGCGCUUCGUCGCCGUCAAGUGUCUACCUCUGGAAGCUCCGGGAAAUCCGCAUCCGCCUGCGUGACGCGAGCUACAAGGACGACGCGUCCUUUGUCCAAGACCUCGUCAUGUUGCUUCGCUCCGUCAAUGAUGCAGCAGUGUAUUCAGUAGCCGCCAACGAAAUUCAAGCAGCCAUGAGGCAGAUGGGCCUGCCGCCUCCGACACUACCUCCGUGGCCAACACCCGCACUGGCUGUUCUGCCGCCGACCCCACUGGACCAUGCUGCGGUCUUGCGCCAGUCCGAAGAGCAGCUCAAGCGAUGUGUUCGCGCGCCACCGAGUGCUCAGCGCCCAUCGGCUUUGAAAGCACCGAACCAGAAGCCGGCAACACCCAAGGCGACGACGCCACGGGUGCCCAAGCCCAAAGCGCGACCGAAAGCAGCAGCAACCAGUGUACCGAUCAAAGUCGAACCGACGACGCUGGUACCCGCAAGGCCGCGAAGUGCUCGGUCGGCUUCGACUAACAGCGAGCCGAGUCGCCCGUCUCGGGCAGCUGCAGUCGCAGAGAGAACGAGGAGCACCGAGACACGGUCGAGGGCGGCAAGAACCAAGGUGACACCUCGGAAAGCAAGCAGCCCAGCGCUUCCUCCGAGCAAGCCGCGAUCGCGCACCAGGAAGCCCGUCGUGAUUAAAAUGGAAGUCACCGAAACCGAGGUCGACGACGACGACGCGCCCCGGCGAAAGGUGGGUCGCCCGCCGCUGAUCCCGCUCGAGCCGCACAUCGCGGAUGCCCCGACGCUGGCGAGGCUCGAGAUUCUUCGUUCGCUGCCAGAGCAAGGCUUGUGCCCGCACCUGGAGCGCCAAGCCAUCAACCUCUACUCCAACAAGCGCGAGCGGCUUCUGGCGCCAGUCGCCAUGGGGGCGCUCAAAGGCUCAUGCCACUAGAUGGACACAUUGUCUGCCGAGGCGACGAGCCCAAGACCUUCAAGCAGUUCUUCAAGCAGCACGUCAAAAACUCAAUGCCGGGGCAAAGUCCAUGUGCUCACAUUUACAUUGUCUCGAUGAAGAAGAGCUUGGAUCUGCACCUCUUGGAGUGCAACCACUACGCGGCCAUGGAAGCGUCCAUCAAGCCUUACAAUAAGACGGCCGCUGGCACCGGUCCUGCACUGACCCCGAGAACCUCCCGCAAGCGCAAGCGCGAAGCCAAGGAGAAACCAUCGACACCCUCGGAUUCGGAUCUCGUCGCUACCUAAGAUCGUAGCUUCAAUAGAAAAAAGUCUCGCGU